AUGGAAUUUGACGAGCAAGAGGAGGAAAUGGGGAUCCCGGAGCCGCCGCCGCCGAGUUACGACUCGCUAGGAAACUCAGCUUCCAGGUCCAAAAUCGGCGGCGCUGUCGGAGCUGAGGGAGCAGCAUCCACCAUUGGACGAAAAGGUGGGUUCAGCACAACUGGGACAGUUAGGUACAGGGAAUGCCAGAAGAACCACGCCGUCAGCUUCGGAGGCCACGCCGUCGACGGCUGUUGUGAGUUCAUGCCGGCGGGAGAGGAAGGAACCUUGGAGGCCGUGAUUUGCGCGGCCUGUAACUGCCAUCGGAAUUUCCACCGCAAGGAGAUCGACGGCGAGAUGAGCUCUUAUCAGCGGCCGCAGCCUCCGCAGCAGCUGCACCACCAGUAUCACCAGCAAUUCUCGCCUUACUACCACCGCGGACCACCUCAUCCCGCCGGAUACCUCCACCACCACUUGGCAACUCCUCCGAUGGCGCAGCACAGGCCGCUGGCCCUCCCGGCUGCUGCGUCGGGAGGGGGAAUGAGUAGGGAGGAGGAAGACAUGUCGAAUCCGAGCAGCAGCGGCGGCGGAGGAGGCGGAGGCAGCGGCGGAACUAAGAAGAGAUUUAGGACCAAGUUCACGCAGGAGCAGAAGGAGAAGAUGGGGGCAUUUGCGGAGCAACUUGGUUGGAGAAUCCAGAAGCAUGAUGAAGCUGCUGUUGAGCAAUUCUGUGCUGAGAAUUGUAUUAAGAGAAACGUUUUCAAGGUUUGGAUGCACAAUAACAAGAACAACCCUGGUAAGAAACCCUAA